ACUGCAUAUUCGUUUUGCAUUUUUGUACCUCGAAAUAAAAUAGGGGGGCAAAAAAAAGAGGGAAAGGACAGAAAAAGGAAGGUCCCAGGUAUUAACGUGUUGCCUCCUAUGCUGUUUCGGGCCGACGAUGCCUUAUCCCCUCCCCAAUGGAGUUGUAUUAUGUAUUAUUUUCUUCUAUCUUCACCAAAUAGUUUAAUUUCUCUUAGCUCUCACUGGGUUGCUUGAUGCUCUACUGAGAAAGACAACGAUGGGCGACGAACAUCAACGUCCUCCACGUCGUCCAUCAAUAGCGGUCAAUCAACUUGUUGGCAAUCUGGACAGUUUCCCACUUCUGUCAGAUUCCACGACCACUUCUUCCUCGUCUGCGUCUGCAACAGGCAUCAUCGUGGGUGACUCGUCUCGAUUCCGCGCUCCUAAAGAUCACCAUCAACACCACCACCACCAUCACCAACAUCAUCACCCCUCCUUGACCCGCGCUGCAGCAGCUGGAGGAGGUCCUCCCGCCAAAGUUGCCAUCCCCAGAGCCCCGAAUCUUUCGGAGCAGUCAAAUGUAAACAGACGGGUUGGUCAUGCCUGUGAAUCUUGUCGAGAGCAAAAGACCAAGUGUAGUGGCGAUCGUCCAACAUGUCAACGAUGUCAAGAUCUUGGUCUGACCUGUCUUUAUGGUGACCGCAAGCGAGAAAGAACAGCAAAGCAACUCAGAGAUCUUUCGAAGCAGGUACAAGAAUAUGAACAACUUUUCAAUGAAUUGCAACCAAAGCUUGACCCCGAAGACAGCCAACUCGUCCAAGAUCUCUUAUCUAAAGUAGGUCCUUCUGAUGCAGACUUUACAGGAACAACAACAUCGACGGUACGACAUAUUGUGACCAGCUUUCUUAGCGGAGCCGACUACACGGAGGAGGACUUCAAUCGUAAUGAACGCUCCAAAGCCCUCGGUUUUGUGGGCAAGCAUUCCGAAACGUCCUGGUUAUACCAUCUGAAACGCGACCUUGAAUUCAGUACUUCUUCUUCAUCCGGCACGAGCAGCGUUGAUAACCCCCUGAACACACCGGAAGAUCAAGACCGUAACUCGAUUGCAUCCGUGAGUUACUUUUUAGAUGACGACGAGAUCCCUAUACUUGACGACGCAGAACCUUUAGCACGGCCACCACAAACGAUUGCGAAUAGUCUGGUGCAGACUUUCUUUACUACCGUGUAUCCAACAUUCCCGCUCAUAGUACCGGAGACAUUCAUUCGACAGGUGAACACCUUUUAUGCGAGUUCCUUCGUACGGCCUGGUCGUAGAUGGUUAGCAAUCUUGAAUUUGGUGUUUGCUACAUCGUCGCGAUGUCUUCAUCAUCGGAUGCAGUCGAACUCGAUGGUGGCAAACGAUGAUACCUUAGUGUACUUUUCUCGGGCAUGGAAACUUGGUAUGAAAGCGAAUGCGCUUUUGGAUCAUCCGGACUUGCAACAAGUGCAAAUUGAGGGAUUGCUGGCUAUUUUUUUGCUGGCGUCAGGACAUGUCAAUAGGGCAUGGCGAAUAUGCGGUAUUGCGAUUCGAUCAGCGACAGCGAUGGGACUCAACCUGCGUAGUGAGAGCAAUUACGUGACACUCGCCUCUAAAGAAUCCCGCUACAAAGUCUGGUGGUCUCUUUACACCCUCGAGACGAUCCUCGGUAACAUGACUGGUCGACCGUUGAACUUGGAAAGAGACUUUUGCACAACACCGUUGCCGGUACCAUUCGAGGAACACGAGUACACCGACCAAAAAGUGAUUCGCAUCAUGACAGAUCACAAGAUUCGAAACAGUCUUCUAGGGCACGUCAUUACACGACCAGUUGGUGAGACGCCCGCAACAGUAGACGCGCAAUCCGUUCGAAACGCGAUGGAGAUCUUGAAACCGAACAUGACGCUCUACUUUGUAUGCUACGUUGAUCUCACACGAAUCAUUCGAGAGACCGUCGAGACUCUGUACGCCCCCGAAAUCGUCCAGAAUUCAGCCCGGGACGCCGAGACCGCCAUCACAGACGCAAACGCUAAGUUAGAUACAUGGCUUUCCAAAUUACCUGCUGGAUUCCGAAUUUCAGAAGACGAAGGAGGCGUGGCACACGAUCGAUAUAGUCUCGGUCUGGCGCUACAUUAUUACAGUGCAAAGAUGUUGGCAUGCAAGCCCUGCUUGCAUUACUUUAAUAAACCGCCUUCAUCGACACUAUCUUCUUCUGGAGAUGACACCUUCUAUACUCGCAUCGCCGCAUCCUGCGUCCAAGCAGCGUGUCGAAUGCUGGAUCUCUUCCCGGCCGAAUUUGAUGGCACAUGGCUCAAUCAACUCGCUCCGUGGUGGUGUAUGCUUCACUAUACCGUGCAAGCCACUGCUGUUCUUCUAAUUGUCUUCCCCCUUCAUCCUCCCGGAUCAAUACCAAAUGCCGCCAGACAGGCGUUGGAGAAGGCUGCUAGUUGGCUUAAUGAGAUGGCGCGCAGAGAUUUGGCAUCCCAACGGGCUUGUACUGUUUGUGGUGCAUUGUUGGCGAAGCUUUCUGGUAUGGCUGGUAGGACUGCGGUGGUGGGAGAGGGAUAUCUUUCUGAAGUACGCCUAUAUCGCUGAUGUUUUUCAAUUUGGCUUGUAGCGGAAAAUGCUUCAAGUGAUGCUAAUCCGUUUUCAGGAUGAGACAUGAUUUUGAUUUGUUUUUUUCUGAAAAGGAAGAAAUAUGUGGGUGGUAGGAUCUCAAUGGCCAGAAGAU